UGUAUCAUACUAAUGCAUUUUUUAUUAUAUUGAAGUGAGUUCAUUUGGUUGGUUAAUGAAGAACCAAUCACAAGUUGAUUGUGUUUCUUCUUAUGUGAGACAAACCCUCACAAAUUCCAACAGUUACAUACUGUUUACUAAAAUAUGUCUCGCAACUAUAGGUUCCUCUUUUAAGAAAUAAGCCUAUGAAUCAGAAUCUGAGUCUGAAUCUGUUUCUGCGUCACACUGCACCCCAAACGGUCUCAAUCUGUUUGUGUUUGCUUCCAGUGGAGGCAUGCCAUCAUCAUCAUCACUCGAGUCAAUUUCACCGUCACCUUUUUGCUGUGCGAUGGGAACUUGAGAGCUUUCAUCAGCCGGAACUGGCUUAGUAUCUUUGAAGACUUCUGGCCUUCCGGAGACUUUUGGAGGAGACGGACUUGCUCAAAGUAUAGAACUUUACAGACGAUAGAUGUAACUUUGCUACCAGACUCUUGGGCCUUUUCCUUUCCUGUAUGGUCAAUCACUACUAAAACAGUACCUCGUCUGAUCCACAUGCUCUCACGAAAUUUGGCUGGAAACAAUGCUAAUGAGUUGUCUCCUUUUGCAUCCAUUACCUCAAUUUGAUUGGAACCUCUGAGAGAGACGACCUGAGCAAUGCUCUGACAUUCCUCAAGCGUAAAAUCCUGCUCUGACGCCGCUUGUUUCAGAUUCCUUCUUCCUCUGUUCAUCUCUUCUCUAACUCUUCAACUCAAAUUCUAAGAUAAUUCAAUACACUAACAACAGAAUUACGACAAAAAGAAAAAUGACGAGAGCAAAAACCACAGAAACGAGAUUAGGGUUUUGCAGUUGUGCCGUUCAACUAGAAUCGGAUCAAGAAAAAAAGUGAAAACGACUUUGUUUGCUUAUAAACGGGGAUAAACCGGGAAUCCGUUUAAACCGUACACACCGUGCGGCGGUCUGUUACUCUCCUCCGGCGCCUGAAUUUCCUUCCUCCACCGUCUUCGCCGAUUCGGCGUUCCUAAAUUUUGCUCGAAUCCUCUUUCACUUCACAGCUCUGAGGUGAUGGGUAGAAGAAAGCAAUCCAAGCCGCAGCGUUCGGUGGGUUUGAUCACACAAACUGGUCCAGAAUCCGACGGGAAGCAAUUAUCCGGCGACGAAGCGGAGGGUUCUCUGGGAAAGAAUGUUGAAGAUGUCGAUAAGCCAUAUUAUGUGGACAUAAGCUCAACUAGUGAGCAGCAGCACUUUGAUAUAGCUGAAGUUGUUCUAACGAAUCUAAGCUUAAGAGAAGGUGUCUGCGUUGAGAUUGACCAUGAUAUGGAUUGCUCGUUACGGUUUCGGCUAUGCAAUGUGAGCAAUUUCGUUGAUCGGAUUAAGCUUGGUCACUGGCCUGUGUUGUCUUCGAGUGAUGUAACAUUGGAACUGGUUGAUAGAAAGGUGUCUGAUGAUGAUGAGGCUGUGUCAGUGAUUUGGUCUGCAAGUUUUGACGGUCCAGGUGAAGGGGUUUCGGGUCUUGCUCAUCUGGCAAGUAUAAAGUUUCUGACUUUGAGGCUUGUGCCGGGUGAUCAGGGAAUGUUGUCUCCUAGAGUUAGAGUCGAGAUGCUUCAGCAAGCUUUUGAUGCUUGUGACUCGCUUCUUGAGAAAUCAAGACAAGUGUGGAAAAAGAGUAUGGUUCAUGUCAUGUCUUGGUUGAGGCCAGAGGUAAUGACGUCGGAGGCGAAGUAUGAGACACAGCUAUUAAACGUGGAGGAAAGCGAGAGAUCGAGUGUGACGGAUGAUGAAACUUCGGACUCUAGUAAACAGUCGAGGUUUGAUGCUUCUGCUUUUUAUGAAGCCAUUAAACCAUCAAAGAUGGAUACGAUGCUUGAAGAUGACAUAGCUGAUUUGCUCCCAGAACUCAGGCCGUACCAACGACGUGCAGCUUAUUGGAUGGUGCAGCGAGAGAGAGGAGAUCCAAUAACUUUGGGAGACAACAACCAAUUCAUUUCACCUUUGUGUAUCUCCGUUGGGUUCCUUGACUCUGCUUCAAAUAUGUUCUUUAACCCAUUCAGUGGGAACAUCUCAUUGGCACCAGAGUAUUUUUCUCCUCGGAUUCCGGGUGGUAUCCUUGCUGAUGAAAUGGGAUUGGGAAAAACGGUUGAGCUACUUGCUUGCAUCUUUUCUCAUCGAAAACCAGCAGAGGAUGAUGAGGUUUCUGUGCCUAAUGGUUCAUCAGUUGCUGACGAAACUUGCUUGAAGAGAUUGAAAAGAGAGCGUGUUGAGUGCAUAUGUGGAGCUGUCACCGAAAGUCGCAAAUACAAAGGAGUAUGGGUACAGUGUGACAUGUGCGAUGCUUGGCAGCAUGCGGACUGUGUAGGUUAUUCACCUAAAGGGAAAGCUAAGAAGGCAAGUGAAGAUGUCGACGAAAAAGCAUCUCAAAAGAAGAACAAAAAAGACGCAACGAAUAUUGUUGUCAGAAAAGGUGAAUAUAUUUGCCAAAUGUGCUCUGAACUCUUACAAGUCACUGCUUCUCCCAUCUCUACGGGAGCCACUCUUAUCGUCUGUCCAGCUCCUAUACUACUGCAAUGGCAUUCCGAGAUUACACGCCAUACACGCUUGGGUUCUCUCGUGACAUGUAUCUAUGAAGGCGUGAGGAAUACAUCACUCUCUGAAGAACCUAUGAUCGACAUCACUGAACUCCUCAAUGCUGAUAUCGUUUUAACCACAUAUGAUGUCCUCAGAGAGGACUUGACACAUGACUGCGACAGGCAUGAUGGUGACCGGCACUGUCUUAGGUUCCAGAAAAAGUACCCUGUUAUUCCUACUCCACUCACCAGAAUAUUCUGGUGGAGGAUUUGCUUGGAUGAGGCACAGAUGGUGGAGAGCAAUGCAGCUGCUGCAACAGAGAUGGCAUUGAGAUUACAUACCAAACACCGUUGGUGUAUCACUGGAACUCCUAUACAACGCAAACUUGAUGACUUAUUUGGACUAUUGAGGUUCCUCAAAGCAAAUCCGUUCGAUGUUUCAAGAUGGUGGACUGAAGUUAUAAGAGACCCAUAUGAGAGGCGAGAUGCAAAGGCCAUGGAGUUUGCGCAUAAAAUUUUCAAACAAGUCAUGUGGCGUUCUUCAAAACUCCAUGUGGCUGAUGAGUUGCAAAUUCCACCUCAAGAGGAAUGCGUCUCGUGGCUCAAUUUUUCUGCAAUUGAAGAACACUUCUAUAGCAGGCAGCAUGAAACUUGUGUGAGUUAUGCACGUGAAGUUAUAGAAACUUUGAAACGUGAUAUUCUCAAAAGAGGUCAUAGCUCUUUUGAUAAUCCUUUAAUAACUCAUGCCGAAGCAGCAAAACUGUUGAACUCACUCUUGAAACUGCGCCAAGCUUGCUGCCACCCGCAAGUAGGGAGUUCUGGUUUACGUUCAUUGCAUCAUACUCCAAUGACCAUGGAAGAAAUCCUAAUGGUCCUUGUGAGAAAAACCCAGAACGAGGGAGAAGAAGCUCUUAGGGUGUUGAUUGUUGCUUUAAAUGGGAUUGCUGCUAUCGCCAUGCUUAAGCAAGAGUUUUCCGAAGCUGUAUCGUUAUACAAGGAAGCACUAAAUAUAACCGAAGAGCACGCAGAAGAUUUUCGUCUUGAUCCAUUGUUGAAUAUUCAUAUUCUUCACAAUCUAGCUGAGAUACUACCACUGGUCGAAAGCUACGGUAGAAAGCGUUCUGCAUCAGGAAGCCCUGAAAGUAAUAUUGAUGUAAAAGAUGACGAUCAUCAUCGUGCAGCGAAAAGGCAAAAGAUCAAUGAGCGUGACAGUGCAACUCAUGUUUCUUCAGAAACUGCACAUCAGUGGGAAUCCGAUGCUCAAGACAGUAGUUUACAUAAAGAUGGAGAGUAUCAUGAAGAAUACAAACAUCUGGAUACAGUCUGUGACACAUUGAAAGAAAAGUAUUUAUCCGCAUUCAACUCAAAGCUUUCUGCGGCACAGCAGGAAUUCAGAAAAUCAUACAAUCAGGUUUCCGAGUCGUUGAGCAAUAUGGGGAAAGAACGUUCGGUUUGGUGGUUGGAUGCUCUGCAACUUGCUGAACAGAAUAAAGAAUUUUCCAGCGAGUUGACCAGGAAGAUUGAAGAGGCCAUCCAUGGAAGCUUAAACAAUUCAAGCUCCUCCAGAGCAACUUCUCGCUUUAGAACCAUACAUGGCAUGAAACUUCAUCUGCAGACGUGUAUGGAUACACUGGAAAGCUCUAGAAAGACAGUGAUAGAUAAGCUUUUAGAGAUUGACCAGACUAUGGAGAAACCGAAAUUGGAGGAUAUCGAGCGUAUUGGUCACUGCAAAUUUUGUAAUAAGAAAGAUGAUGGCCCUACGUGUAUUCACUGUGAGCUAGAUGAAACAUUCCAGGGAUAUGAGGCGAGGCUAUUCCGUCUCAACAAAUCUCGUAGGGGACUAAUGGAACAUGCGUCUGCAGAGGAGAUAGUAGACUUCACGAAGAAGAGAUCUGCACUUAAUCUUUUCUUUGUUGGUUUGUCAUCGAGAAACAAGGAUCUAAAUCCAUCCAAUGGUGAUAAUGAGGAACCCAACAAAAGAAAUGCUGGUGACGCCGUGAUUGUUUCAAAGUCUCCAUCUGAGACGGAAACUGUUCUUGGAGUGAUAAGAAACCACUGCAAAACUUAUUUAGACAGGGAAAGCAAAGUGGCAGCCACAAAACAUUUACAAGUCCUUGAGGCGAUGAGGAAGGAAUAUGGACUUGCAAGGGUUUUGGCUAGGGCUCAAGCUCACCUCCUACGUGCCUAUGAUGAGAUUAAGAUGGCGACAAUGAGACUACAGAUUAGAGAAUCUGAAGAUGACACGUCGAUUUAUGCUUUGAGCCUGGAUGAGUUAGAUGCUGCUAGCGUGCAGAACACAAAUGAUAAAUUUUUGGCUCAAUCCUCGUUGCUUAGUAUUAAAGGGAAGCUUCGUUACUUGAAGAGUUUGAUCAAAUCCAAACAGAAACAAGAAUCUGAGAGUCCAGAUCAUUCCUCACCAGUACAUGAAACAGUUACGGCUUCAGUUCCUGUUGAACAGGAAGGCGAGAACCUUGGAAAGCGAGAGGAAGCAUGCCCGAUUUGUCAUGAAAUUCUACGAAGUCAGAAGAUGGUUUUCCAGCAGCAUACAGAUGUUAGAAAUGUUGCAUAUGCUGAUGACAGACAAAACGGUUCUUUGUCAGAUCAAGAUCACAAAGAAAACGAAGCAUCACUGUCUGUUCAAGGUUCAUAUGGAACAAAGAUCGAAGCCAUUACAAGAAGAAUCUUAUGGAUCAAGUCUAGUGACCCGGAAUCGAAGGUUCUUGUUUUCUCCAGCUGGAACGAUGUUCUUGAUGUGUUAGAACAUGCCUUAGCUGCCAACGGCAUCACUUUCAUCAGGAUGAAAGGAGGAAGGAAAUCACAGACGGCCAUUAGCAAAUUCAAGGGGACUGAGAGAAAAACCCAGAACACAAACUCCCAUAUUAAAGAGGAAAAAUCGGUCCAAGUCCUAUUGCUUUUGGUGCAGCAUGGUGCUAAUGGUCUUAAUCUUCUGGAAGCACAGCAUGUUAUUCUGGUGGAGCCGCUUCUAAAUCCGGCUGCAGAAGCGCAAGCUGUCGGGCGUGUUCACCGGAUUGGACAAGAGAAGCCUACUCUAGUUCAUCGUUUUCUGGUAACGGGCACGGUGGAAGAGAGUAUCAACAAGCUGAACAGGACUAAGAGCACAAACGUAAGCUCAUUCAGCAGCAGGAAUACAAAGAAUAAAGAUCAACAGUUUCUGACGCUACGGGAUCUCGAAUCUCUAUUUGCUUCACCAGCAGCUGAAGCAGAAGAGACUGAAGAAAACCCGGGAGAUAAACAGGAGAAUCUGAGAGAUCUUCCUCCCUCUGUCGCUGCAGCGAUAGCAGCAGAGAGGAGAAUGAAAGAAAGUAAUGCAUCCUCAUCAACCACAAACAACACAUCAUGAUUAAUAUGGAAAUGGUUGCAGAGAGAUUUGGUUCCAGACAAAUUGGUUGGUUGUCGGAGCAUCUUGUUGUCUGUAUAGUGUGAAGAGAGAAGUAGUCCAAAAGUACACUGCUUCUCUUUGGUGUUGUCUACAUUCAUUAUGGAUACUUAACCUCUCGAACUUUUAGAUAGGAUUAGGCAAGGAAUAAGAGUUUUUUUUAUUGUAUUGCAACAGACAUUGCUCUGCAUUAGAGUAGCUUAAACUUACAAUAGUGCUUUUAGGAAUAUAACAGAAAUUUCAAAGGAUCAUCCAGCUACUAGAAUUUCUAACAUUAUUGAAAUUUUUUUUAAUGUUUUAUUUACUGUGGGAUUUUGGAGAGAG